GAUUUUGUCGAUGUACUUGGCUUGAGAUUGUAUUUCACUUAUUUCUCAGAGGCAUAUUUGCAACUGUCGGAGAAGUAUCAUAUAUCUUAUAUAAUGCAGACUUCGGGUACAACUGGAAAACCAAAGGAAGUUCAAGUUCCUGAAUUGGCUAUAAGAUUUGUAUUUAAUAUUAAUAAUAUUAUAUUUAUUUGUAUUUGUAUUUUAUUUUGUAAUUUCAGUGAGCGAUUUAGUGUUACUAAAGACGAUAUCAUUUUGUUCUCAACAGCGUUAAGUUUUGAUCCAUCUGUCGUUGAGAUGUGUUUGGCAGCUACAGCUGGUGCCAAACUUGUUGUAAUACCGGACUCUGUUCGAAAUCGUCCUUCCAUCUUAGCUGAGAUUAUGUUCAAUACUCAUGUGACCAUUGUUCAGUUCACACCUUCAAUUCUGAAGAUUUUACCAGAAUAUGCAAUCCAAAAAAUAUUUAUGCCUAAUUCACAUAUUCGAAUAUUAAUUGUUGGUGGAGAAUCCUUUCCAUUAACUUUUUUACGGAAAUAUUAUUGCAGCGACAGUACUGUUAAAGUUUACAAUGUUUAUGGAGUUACUGAAGUUUCUUGUUGGGCAUCAUGCAGACUUGUUGAUUUUAAAUUACUGAGGAUUGAUAUUGGCGAGCCUAUAAAAAAUACCGAAUUUAUUAUUGAUGAUUCAAAUGUUUUAUUAAUCGGUGGAUCGAGAAUGUGUGUAGUAAAUGGCAAACGUACCAAUAAUUUCUUUAAAACUUUUGACAUUGUGGAACGCGACAAUGAUGGUAAAAUUUACUGGAUAGGCAGAGCGGAUGAUCAGAUUAAAAUAAAUGGCGUACGUGUUAAUCUAAUGGAGGUAGUUAUGGCAGUGGAAAAAAUUGAAAAUAUUGGUUCAUUAGUUGUGGCCGUGCGAGAUAAUAUUAUUACUUUAUUUGUCAAAAAUCCACUGCCCAAUAUAAAAGAGCUGAUUGAACGGCAUGUGCCAUCUAAACUUCAUCCUCAUGUUAUUGUCGAAAUCCAUGAAUGGCCAGUUACAUCUCAUGGUAAAAUUGAUAUCGAUAAGCUUUACUCCAAUUUUAAAGCUCAGAAUUUAUGUCUGAAGAAAAAAGAUGUAGGAACGGUGCUUGCUAAAUGCGGUAUCGAUAUCGUGAAAGACAAACAUAAAACAUUCAAAUCAUUAGGAAUGAAUUCAUUCCUUGCUACUGAAAUUAUGUUAAAAAUUGAGCAUCUUUUGGUUGACAGAAGUUUUCCUAUUGUGAAUUUCCUUCUGUCUGACUCUUUUACCGUUAAUGAAUUGCUUGAACAUCUUGGGAUGAAUGUUUGUUCGGUUUCUUUUCUCAAUGAAAUAUUAGAAAGUGAAAUAAAAGCAGAAAACACCUUAGUGGUCACACAUUUGGAUUCAUCAUCGCUAAAAUGGUCGAAAGAUUUGGUUCAAUGUAUUGAUUCUACUCCAGUAGUAAGCCGUGGAGUAGUAUUUAUUGGUUCGCAUGCUGGUCAUUUAGCUGCAUUAUCGAUUGAAAAUGGAAAUAUCAAGUGGUUAAUUAAACUUGAAGGGCGAAUAGAAUCAACUGUGGCAGUUGAAUAUGGUACCGUUGUCGUAGGUACUUACGAUUAUAAUAUUUAUUUUCUGGCUGAAGAUUCCGGUUCAGUGCUUUGGUCGUAUAAGACUAAUGAUAUAGUGAAAUGUAGACCACUUUUUAUUACCGAUGGAAAAUGCCUUGUUGGAUCUCAUGAUCAUUUUGUCUAUCUCCUUGAUUAUAAAGUAUUUUUUUUAAAAUUGCAUACGAUUAGAUAA